AUGGUGGGAGAAUCACUCUCUCGGUUAAUCACUCGCAGUCGAAGACCGGAGUCGGGUAAGGGCACAGUGGUACUGCCUUCCCAGCUGCAAACAUCACUCAUGCACCCGGUCACCCCUCACAUUGUGCAUUCGUCUACACACCAAAAUCCUGGUCGGAGCGGCCCUGAGGCAACCUGUCGUUCCAGUGCCAAAGAAGCUGCGGAUGUGGCUCUGGAAAGGUGA